AUGAUCGCGUCUUUGUCUACGUCACAUGAUCGCGUCUUUAUCUACGUCACAAGAUCCUGUGACACAAGAGCAGAAGUCUCUAACCCUCACACACCAAAUCUCCUACGUCAACCGUGACCCCACGGUGACCUCUGCCAGCUUGGGGUCACUGCAGAGGUCACCCUCAGAGUGGCCAUUUUACUUCAUGCAGGUCGUCUCCAGGCGGAGCAGCUGAUGGACGACUACAUGGACCAGAGACAGUUCUGGACCACAAGAGACAUCUCUGUGAGGGUCCACAGUGGCUUCAGGGUGCUGGGUCUCUUCUGUCAUGGCUUCCUCUCAGGGUUCUCAGUGUGGAACAUCACAGUCAUGUAUGUGUUAGCUGGUGAGGACAUGACCACGCCCACUAACCUGCUGCAGCAGUAUCACACACUGGCUUAUCCUGCUCAGUCACUGCUCUACCUGCUGCUCACCAUCAGCACUGUGUCAGCGUUUGACAGAGUUAAUUUGGCCAAAGCUUCCAUGGUUCUGAGAGGAUUCUUCACCCUGGAUCCUGCUGCUGUUACCUCCUUCUUGUACUUCAUCGCUCUGAUUCUGUCGCUCAGUCAACAAAUGACCAGUGAUCGUAUCAACCUUUAUUCUCCAGCCAAUCACAGCCUGUGGCCUUCAGGGUCAGAGCAGCAGAUCCUGAGGCCGUGUAUCGUGGUGAACCUGGUGGUGGCGCUGUUAGUGGGCGUGGCCUGGGCUGUGAUCUCAACCAGACCUGACGUGGACCACACUGAAGAGUUUCUGAUGUCGAUGGAAGUGGAGGGAAACUCGAGAGGAGACGAGAGUGUGGACGUCACCGCCUGAGACAAACAACAUUCAUCACUUCAUUAUUAGUUUUGUUUAUUAUAGCUGCGUU